AUGAUAAAUGAAAUUCCUGGCAUGAAAAAUGAAAGAAUAAAGCAAUUUGCACUUUGCUAUACUCUCUAUAUUAUGGUACAUUGCUGUCGAUCAACUUGGAGUUAUGCAUCAGGAUUGAUAAUUGAGCAAAAUAAGCUUGAAGGAUUUACUCCUCAAUUUUUGGGGUAUGUCAAUUUUACAUUUUUAUUGUCAAUGGGAGUUUCAUACUUUUUGUAUAUAAUUUUAUUAUGAGGCUUGGUUAAUUAGGUGAUAAGAUUAACCCAAAAUUAUUUGUUAUCAUUGGCACUUAUCCAUUAAGCGCAUUAUUUAUUAUCCUUGCCUUAAUUUUUGAAUUUACAACAGCCCCAAAGGAACUAUAUUUAGUAUUACUGCUCUUAGCAGGAAUGUUUUCUUCAACUGCAUGGCCAGGCUUACUAUGUACAUUUUUAUUAUAAUAUUUUCAAGCAAUAAUGAAUGCAUGGAUGCCAAAAGAAUAAAAAGGUAUUAUUCUUGGUGUUUUUGCUUCUUGUAUCAAUGUAGGAAACAUAGCAGGUUUUGCUAAUUCUGGUAUUACCAUUGAGAUAUGUGAUCUCAGCAUUUUAACCCCAAUUUAUAUAAGUGGAGGAUUGCUAUUUUUCAUGACUAUUUUGUUUCAUAUUUUCAUCAAACCAAGACCUCCUAUUAUAUCUGAGCAUAUCAUAUCUGAUACUUCAUAAGAACCUUAAGUGAGCAAAGAAGUUGUAGGAGUGAAGAAAUUGAAAAUUUGGAAAGCUUGGCUUUUACCAGGAGUGGCAAUAUAUGCUUUGGCUUUUGGAUGUAUUAAAGCAAUUUCAAUGAUUGUUGGAUUGUGGCUUCCAGCUUAUUUAGACUAUCUUCAUGUGACAUAUGUAGCUUUAAUCAAUAUAAUGCUUGAUUUAGGAGCUGGAUUUGGGGGAGUAAUAGUUUGGUAUAAUAAGAAAACUUAUUUUUUAGUUAUUUAGGAGUUAGAUAUUAAAAAAGGGCAACAAUUAUUGUCCCAUUAUUGUGGCUAGGAACCAUCUUAAUGGUGGCAAUAAAUUUCCUAAAAGAUUAUGAUAAUCCAUAUGGAGGAUAUAUGGCUCUUAAUUUUGGUGUGGGUUUUUUUAUUGGAGGAUGCUACAAUAAUGUUGCUGCUGCCAUCGCUGUAGAACUCAGUAACAAUAAAGCGUUAAAAAGUAAAUAUAAUAAUAAAUAUCUUUCAGAAUAUAAGCAUGCAACCUCAACUGUAACUUCAUUAAUAAUGGGAUAUGGCACUCUGUUUGGAGCUUUGAAUCAAAUAAUUGUUCCGUACGUCAAAGAUUAUCUAUUUCUUUAUUGCGGUAUUUUAGCUGUGGUUGGAGGAUUGUUACUAAUAGUUGUCAUAAUAACAGAAUGGAAACUCGAUGAUGAACCAGAGAAACUAAACAAAGAAAUAGAAAUGCAUUGA